UUUUUUUUUGGACUUCAAUGGAAAAACUCUUGUUCUUUUUCUCAUCUUUCUCUCUAUUCCCUUCAACUUUAUAUAUAUAUUAUACUUUUUGGUGUUAUACUCACCGUCUUCUUUUUAUUUUUACUUGACUAAUUAAUUAUAUAUAUUAUGUCAUCCUCUCCAGUACCUCGUUUUCAAGCUUUUCAAAGCAUGGCUGGACCCAUUACAAGAGAACAAACUGUCGAAGAACGUUACGGAGCUCCCGAAAACUUUUUGGAAAUUGAAGUAAAGAAUCCUUUGACUCAUGGGUUUGGCCGUAAAAUGUUUACUGACUACGAAAUUGUGUGCAAGACGAACAUUCCAGCUUUCAAAAUUCAACAUUCUACGGUUCGUAGACGAUACAGCGACUUUGAAUGGUUUAGGGAUGUAUUGGAACGUGAAACAACUCGAGUGACUAUCCCUCCUUUACCUGGAAAAGUAUUCACCAAUCGAUUCUCGGAUGAAGUCAUUGAAAGUCGUCGUGAAGGCUUAGAACGAUUUUUACAGAUUGUUGCUGGACAUCCUUUGUUACAAACUGGUAGUAAGGUGCUUGCUGCCUUUAUUCAAGAUCCCGCUUUUUCCCGUGAUAGUUACAACUAUUAAUCAUGAUCCGUUACAAUGUUUGUAUCUGACGACUUGAUAGAGUUGUUUGAACAACACAAGUCUUGGCCUCUUUUUUUUUAACACCUUCCCUUCAUGUACUGUUUAAGUUUUAUUUUAUUACAACACACAACAUUAUUCUAU